UAAUUGCUUGUAAUACCACUAAUUAUCUUAUUUUGAAUUAACUUAAAAUAUGCGGAUUUUAAUAUUAAUUGUGGCAACGGCUGCAUUAUUACUAGAAAAUGUAGUUUCCGAAGAAGAUGGUAUCAAAAGAGGUACCUUUCCUUUCAUGGCUUUUGUUUAUUAUCCGGAUCAAACUGUAGUCAAUCCUACUGGAGGCAAAUUCAUUCGAAGUGCUGUGUUGAUACGAGAAAAUUGGCUAAUAUCUUCUUCUCUUGAAAGUGAAAAUACUCUUAUCUCCUUCCCGGAAAAAACUCUCGUAGCAAGACUUGGCGCUAUUAGUAUAGAUGAAAAAUUGGAUUUGAAUGAAGAUGAAGAUGAGCAAGAGCGUGAAAUUAUUCGAAUAGCUCGACCUUUUAAUUUUAAUAGUACUGAAUGGUGGAAUAGCGACAUAUCGUUAUUGAAAACUCUGUUGCCGUUCAACAUCACUUUGAUAGUAGCACCUUUUGAGACAAGAGCCAAUAAACUCAAUUCGAAUGAAAACUGUUUUAUGCUCGUUUAUGCUAAACUAAACGAAAAUGCAACAGACACAAGAUAUCUAAAGAAAAUAUCAGUUGAACUGAUAUCGUCUUUACAAGAUAAGUGUGGUAGCAACUUCAAUAAAGAUACUAUGGUCUGCGCUGCACCCAGUAGCGAAAAGAGCGAUAUUUAUAUUGACUCCAACUUCUGCAUGGAUAAUAGUGGUGGUCCUCUUAUAUGUGACAAUGAAUUGACUGGUAUACAGACAUACGUUGAUAAUUGUAAUCAACCAUAUCUUUAUCAGCUUGUAAAUUCUUGGGAUGAUUUAAUAUCAUGUGCAACCGAAGAAAAAUGUCUAGAGGAGCAAUGCACUAAAAUAUGCUACACUAUAAAUAAAGACCCAGUAAUGGUGGCAACGCCUAACAUAACGUAUGCCACUACAGAAGCAAUAAUGAAGCUAGCCGAUGGAUAUGUUAAUGAGACUAAUUUUGAAGUAUACAUAUCGUCAAUUAUUACAUCUGAAAAAGAAACCAGUGAGACUGAAACAGUCAAAAUAACCUUAAUUACUGUAAAAGAAUCGGAAGCUAGGACUGAAAUGACAACAUUGUCAUCCGUUUCUGAUACACAAGCGACUGAAUACACUACAAUUAAAUCAAGUCAGAACACAGAGAGAGAAACGACGAAUAUUCCAGAAGAGCGUGAACGAGAGACUAAUGUUGAGGCUCAGCAACAUGUUACCGUGCGCAGUGGUGCGUCAAUAAAUAUGUUGUAUUCAUUGAAAUAUUUUAUAUAUGUUUUUUUCGUUAUAGUUUGA